GGCACAGAGCCUAUUGCACAGUACAUGCUUUGAAGUGAGUGAAAUGGAUGUGUGGAGGACUCUGCCUCCGUGCAUGCAUUUGGCUUUGCUCUUUUUCUUCAUGCAUUUUGAAAGUGUGUCAACUUUCGAGCUUACAUUGCUACACACCAACGAUGCUCACGCUCGGAUUGAGGAGAAUAGUAGAGAGUCGGGUAAAUGUAGCCCAGGUAGUCCUUGUUUUGGCGGAGUGGCCAGGAGGUUCACAAAAAUAGCAGACAUCCGGAGCAAAGAACGGAAUGUGUUAUUGCUGGAUGCUGGCGAUCAGUUUCAGGGUACUGUCUGGUUCAACUACUACAAAGGGGAGGAAGCUGCGUAUUUCAUGAACAAGCUUGGAUAUGAUGCGAUGGCAUUUGGAAACCAUGAGUUUGACAAUGGAGUGGAGGGCCUGCUCCGCCAUUUUCUGCAGAAGGUGAACUUCACUGUUCUCAGUGCCAACAUCAAGGCAGAUGCAACACUCGCCCCAACUAUCAAUGGUUACUAUCAACCCUACACAACAUUCACGAUGGGCUCUGAAAUAGUGGCUGUGGUAGGUUACACCUCAGUGGAAACUCCAGUCUUAUCCUUACCAGGUCCACACCUGAUCUUUGAGGAUGAGAUCAAAGCCUUGCAGAUCCAGGUGGAUAAACUGAUCACUCUUGGUUACAAUAAGAUCAUCGCCCUUGGUCACUCUGGAUUUGACGUGGAUAUAGACAUCGCCAAGCGAGUGAAAGGCGUGGACCUGGUCAUCGGCGGACACACCAACACUUUCCUCUACACAGGGAGUGUCCCAUCUUCAGAGGUGCCGAUGGGUCCCUACCCCUUCACGGUGAGGUCUGAGGACGGGAGAGAUGUCCCUGUGGUACAGGCUUUUGCCUUUGGGAAGUACCUGGGAUACCUCAAUUUGGUCUUCGAUAAAGCUGGGAACGUGCUGAAGGCGAAUGGGAACCCCAUCCUGCUGGACAGCAGCAUAGCCCAGGAUCCAGGUAUCCUUGCUGAUGUUGACGAGUGGAAGAAGAACUUGGCCCAGUACUCGUCUCAGUACGUGGGGAAAACCCUAGUGUAUCUCAAUGGAACCUUCAAUGAGUGCCGGUUCCGGGAGUGCAACCUGGGGAACCUCAUCUGUGACGCAAUGAUUCAUCACAAUAUCAAGUAUGCAGAUGAGAUCCAGUGGAAUCACGUCAGUUUAUGCAUCCUGAACAGUGGAGGCAUAAGGACAGGAAUAGAUGAAAGUCACAAAAAUGGCACCAUCACCAUGGAGGAAGUUAUAUCAGUCUUACCAUUUGGGGGCACUUUUGAUCUGGUGCAGUUGAAGGGGUCAACCUUGAAAAAGGCAUUUGAAAACUCUGUCCGAAGAUACGGGAGCAGCAGAGGAGAAUUUCUUCAAGUUUCAGGAAUCCAUGUGGAAUACGACCUGUCACGGUCGGUGGGGGACCGUGUGACGUCAUUGAGCCUCCGCUGCUCUCAGUGCCGUGUGCCCAGAUACGAAUCUCUGGACCCAGACAGGCUGUACAAGCUGGUCCUACCAUCCUACAUCGCAGACGGAGGAGAUGGUUUUACCAUGAUUAAGGAGGAGAAACUGAAACAUGACACUGGUGAUCUGGACAUCUCGGUUUUCGGCAACUACAUCAAGGAGAUGAAGAGGGUGUACCCAACUGUGGAGGGCCGCAUCAAGUUCAGAAACUCAUCCAUGGCGGCUGGGGCCAACUGUCUGACUUUGUUACUGCUAGGCCUGAUGUGGGCCCUGUCCACAAGUUUAUGAGAGAUUAUUUCCAGAAGAUCACACUAUGGCAGGUUUCUGUGGUGAUGUGUCACAUAUUUAAAUUUUUCUAAAACGGCUGCUGUUUAUGAGAAAGAGUAUUAUACUAUUUCAAGAAACAAUGUAUUUAUAUUUGCUUUACUACAGUAUAUGCAGGUACAUACAGGCAAGUGACACAAAAACUGCCAAUGACUUUGUUUUGUCACUUUUAUAGAGUCAUGUAUAUUUGCAUUUUAUUGUUGUUGCAAUUUAGCCGUAUUGAUUGACAUAUUUGUGAAAGUUAAUGAAAGCAAAAUAUUUUAGGUUAAAA